AUGAAAGCACAACAUGCUCUUCAGAGGUUCCAAACCAAGCUACAACUUUCUUCUGAAGUCCCGCACCAUAUAUUAAAAGAACACAGAAAUAGAUGAGACUUUUUUUUUCCUUUUCUCAUCCCAGAACUUGGCUGGAUCUCAAAAGUGCAUGUGAAUCGACCUGCAGUUGUGAGGCAUGCAGAACAAAUUAAAAAAUGGAGAACUGUGAAAGGUAAUUGGCAAGCUGCCUGGCUGCUGAAAGCUGUCACCUGCAUCGAUCUUACCACUCUUUCAGGCGAUGAUACUCCUUCAAAUGUUCACAGGCUGUGUUUUAAAGCAAAGCAUCCCAUCAGAGAGGAUCUGCUGAAAGCCUUGGACAUGCAUGAUAAAGGUAUUACUGUUGGAGCAGUGUGUGUAUAUCCCGCGAGAGUCACCGAUGCUGUUAAUGCCCUAAAGGCUGCUGGUUGUAACAUACCAGUAGCUUCAG